UUACAUAACCCCAUUAAUUAACCUUUAUCCACAAAUCUACGAAAUCUAAAAAAAAAACAAAUUAUGCGAUAAGUACAACAAUGUAGUUGUUGACCUUGUCAUUUAUACCAACUAAUGUUUUAUAUCGUGAUGAUUCGAUGACAGACCAAAGAGAAUCAAGUCCAAUAAUGGUCCAUUAAUGUGGUUCUCUAACAAGUUAAGUUCCUAAUUGAUUUAAUUAGCCUUAUAAAGUCGUAAUCUAUGGCCACAUUAUCUAAAUUACGAUUUUAAUCCUCGAAAAUAGCAAUUUUAUUCGUCAACAUGCCAUCAAAAAAAGCGCCAAAUUUGAAUUGGUAUCAACGUUUCACUUACACCGUUGUCAAUUUCACGGAAUAUAUAUUUUACAAUUUGGGUCGUAAAGUGGGUCAUAGUCCGAAAAAAACAAUUUUAUUUUGCUGGAUUUUUGUAUUGUUGAGUUCGUUGGGUUUUCUGCGUUUCCAUCAAGAAAAAAAUCCCAUGAAAUUAUGGGUCCCACGAAACUCGAAAUUUGUUAAAGACACGGAGUGGUUAAUGGAGAAAUUUCAACUAGGGUAUAGACCACAAGUCGUACAAAUUGUUGCAAACGACGUACUUACUCCCGAAAUCCUGCAACAACUUUUAGAACUUGACUUCAAAAUAGACAAUACUAUAACUGCGAAAAAUGUCACAUGGAGUGAUGUUUGUUUCACGAUCCCUAAAGUCAAUAAAGAAUUACUACGUUUAAUGGAAGGAGAUAAAAAAUCAAACGUAACUGAAAAAGAUCCAAGUGUCACGAUGAAUGCAGCUCUCUAUUGCAGUUUUAUAGAAAUUAUGGAAAAUGAGUGUUUCAAAAAAAGUAUCCUAGAAUUGUGGGACUACAACCCCACUGUUAUCAACCAACUCACUAAAACCGACAUUUUGAACACUAUUAAUGAUUAUGACGAAAAUGCCAUUAUGGGACGUUUCAAAAACUAUAAAGAAUUACUCGGUGGUGUUAUUUAUAAUGAAACAGGUCACAUAGUCGCAGCCAAAUCUUUACAAAAUUUUUGGAUGGUCUCUGUCAAUUUUACAACAGUCGAUAUGGACAAAACUGGAAAUAAUGCGGGAACUGCUGAUUGGGCGUCUGAGGAUGCUCUUGAGUGGGAAUCCGAAUUUUUGAAAACAAUACAAAACUUCAAAUACGAAAACAAUUUGACUUUUUUCUACACAGCUUCGCGAAGUUUUGGUGAUAUAAGCAAUGCGACGAUGUUCCAAGACAUUGGUAUCCUCUGCAUAGGUAUUUUUAUAAUGGUGAUUUACGUACAAUUUGUGAUAUCUAAAUUUAAUUGGUUGGAAGCAAGAGUGACUUUGGGUUGCAUUGGUCUCCUAACUGUGGGUAUGGCGUUUAUAGUAGGUUGCGGUUUAUGUUCCCUUAUUGGUGUUUCCUACGGCCCUGUUCACACUUCUCUUCCUUUCCUUUUGAUGGGUCUAGGGAUCGACGACAUGUUUGUGAUAAUGGCAUGUUGGGAGGAGUUGACUAAAGAACAGAAAAAACUCCCAGUCCCUGAACGCAUCGGUCUAAUGUUGAAACAUGCGGGAGUUUCAAUUACAGUUACCUCAGUUACCGACAUUCUUGCCUUUAUUAUCGGAGCCUCUACUAUUUUGCCAAGUCUUGAGUCUUACUGUAUUUAUGCAGCGUUUUGUGUCUUCAUGACGUUUAUUUUUGCUGUUACUUUUUUCACGGCGUGUUUUGUACUUGACCAGGAGAGAAUUGAAAAGAAGCACAACGGGAUUAUAGUGUGUCUAAAACAUGAAAAUUAUGAAGUGAAUGAGUGUAGUCAGAGGCAAAUUUCAAAUAAAGUCUUUCAGUAUGUGUACAGUAAAGCCGUAUUGACGCCAACAGGAAAAACUGUUGUCAUCCUAAUUACUGUGAUAUGUCUAGGGUUUAGUUUAGAAAGUAUUAGGAGAUUGGAACAGAAGUUUGACCCGACUUGGUUUAUCCCUAAGUCGACAUAUUUCGCCGAUUAUUUGACAGCACGCAAGACUUAUUUCCCCACAAGUGGGUUCGAAGCUGGGAUUUACAUGGGUGCAGUUAACUAUAGCACCGAAUUGUUUAAUAUCAAAAAAAUGGUUGAUGAGUUGUCGAACAACAGUGAUAUUGCCUUGGGUGUGAUUUCGUGGGUUGACCCAUUUCGAAACUUUGUCAAAGAUAACUUCCACACAGAUAUCUACGAAGAAGUUUUAAGCGAUACUUAUUUUAGUCUUUACUUAUCAAUGUUUUUGUUUAGUGCUAGAAAUGCGGUUUAUCAAGCCAACUUCCGGUUUGAACGCCCCCUGGAAUGUGGGGUUGGGGCUCCGAACAUAAUUAUGUCAAGCAUCGAGUUCCAUUUUAAUCAGUUUAGGGGCCCCGAGGAGUACCUCCCUGCCAUGCAUGCAGUACAAGACAUAGCAGCAAGAAGUAAUUUCUCAACAGGGGAUAAAUUUAUUACGGUUUGGUCUAAAGUUUUUGCAACGUGGAUCACAGACGAAUUGAUAGAAACCGAAGUUGUGAGGAAUCUCCAACUGGCGUUGCUUUGUGUCAUGAUUUGCACCGCGUUGUUAAUAGCCGAUCUCCAAGCUUGUUUUUGGAUUUUUAUUUGCGUUCUAUUGACUAUGGUGAAUGUUUGUGGGUUUAUGCAACGUUGGGGGCUCACUAUUGACUUAGUUUCCUGCAUCGGUUUAGAGUUGGCGAUUGGGUUGUGUGUUGAUUAUGCGACUCACAUUGGACACACUUUUUUGACAAUUAAGGAAGGGACUAGAAGGGAGAGGUCGCUCAAAACUGUGACUAGUAUUGGGUCUGCUGUGGUUUAUGGCGGUAUUUCGACUCUGAUUGGGGUUUUUAUGUUGAGUCAGUCUGAGGCGUACACUUUCCAAUCGUUUUUUAAGAUUUUUUUCCUGGUGAUAGUAUUCGGUUUGUUUCAUGGUGUUGUCUUGUUACCGGUUAUAUUAAGUUGGGUUGGUCCAAAACCGUAUAAUGUUGGUACAAUUGUGAGUGAGACAGAAAUGAUUUGAUUGUAUUUUGGUGAGGUAAUAAAGAAUAAAACAUUGA